UCCUCUGCAGGUCUCACAGCGUAGUACUUUACGAUCUCACACACUCGUGUAUAAGCUGAUAGACAGGGUUGCUGGUAGAAAGUCGCUCUGAAGCCUUUUCACACGGGUGGGGGGAGAGAAUCAGUCUCUGAGCACAAUGCCUAAGAUCGCCGGCUUCGACGGGAAGGAGGUAGAGUACGUCGAGGUCCACGAUGAGCCAUUCCACCGACGGCAGUUCAGCAACGACUAUGUCUACAUUUACAUCGCGGGCUUCAGGCGAGUGCCCGGCGAAACCUCGCUUUGGCAUCGCCAUUCCGAGAACACCCUGUACGUGUGCGUGGGACAUGGAGCGGCGGCCCUCAACCGGCCAACGGACAAGGAGCCUUUCGUACACCACGCUUCGCCGGGGGACCUCUGGUGGGCCAUGAGCAAGAGCGCCCCCUACGUGCACCAGGUCUGCCUCCUUCCGGAGAACACUCACAACUCGCACUUCUUCGCCAUGGAAAUCCUCAGACCGCCACCCACUUGCUCGAGACGCGCCCUCGACCACCGCUGCUACAGCCUCCGGGAGGAAGACAGCCGCCCGGGGCUCGCUCGCGUCUACGACUUCAGGCUUGAGCCCGGCGAAUCUACGGGGCCUCACACGCUGGGAUUCAGCGGGGUGGUGCUCUGCCUUUCCGAUGGCGGGGGGAGCCUGGAGGCCGAUGGCGGCGUCUUUGCGGGCGGAGAGCUGUCGAAGGUCGGGGGGUGGAAGUGGAUCGACGGCCCUGUCAGCGCCAACGCGCGAAAUGCGGGCGGCAGUGUCUACCAGGCUUUUGUGGUGGAGUGGCUGGGGGAAGGCCACUCGGUGGAAGGCUUGUCCAGGCUUUGAUUGGAGCAGCAUGUUUGUACCCACUACGCACGAUUCUGAGGCGAGAUUUUGUUCGCGCAUGGGUGUGCGUUUUCCCAGGGUCAUAUAGCGACGCUAUGUGUGGAUGUCGCUGUUUGUGGCUAGAGGUGUGUUACUUAUCAUGUACUUCUGUGCCAUCGGUUCCCGUGGUGAGGGCUGCAAUUUGCCGAGGUUCGGUAGUUGUCUUUGAUCGCUAGGUGAUCAUUGCAAUGUGUGCAUGGUGUCCUAUCUACUGAAACGUGCUGUGUGUAACAAAGACGUGGACAUAAAGUUCUCCUACGGCGGCUGGAUCUUCCAGCUCGUACUCUUAACACCAUUGUAUGGUAGGCACGUUCAGUAUCACAGAUGCAAAAGCUGUAUAAGAAUUAGUUAGCCGGCCAACCACAAAAACCUUGCUUCCACACGUGCCUUGCAAGCGUAGGAAAAAUUAGGGACAGGUUAGGAAAGAAUGUGAACAAGAGGGCAUAUCACCGACAACAACAAGGACGGCAGGAGGGGAGGUCGCACUCAAUGCAUCGACACUCUCAAUGUUCUCAAAGUGCUUUGCCUCCUUUGGUUGGUAGAUGUUUUAGCGUGAGAACAUCUCAUUUUAGACUUGUGUUGUUCUGUAAGUCGACUCGUGCUCCAAUCCGCCUUCUUCGGGCCGAAGCUGACUGACGCCGCCAUGGCCAAACACGAACUGGUAUCACGCAGCCAGAUUCUAAGAUUGCCAUAGAUGGCAACGUGAUCGUUGUUCUGGGUAAGUCUUCUUCUGAUCCGGCUUCAAGCCUUGCUUCGAACCUUUCACAACGAUGAGGCAGAAGCGAGACCCGACUGCCGGUAGGGGUCUAGGUGACGUAGGAU